UCUCCGUCUUUCUCUCUCCCCUAUCAAUUGCCUUAACUCAGUUCACAUCUCUUCAUGCCAGCAUUCUCCUUCCUUUCGCCAUGAAACUGUCUCGACCCUUCAUCGCUAGACCCGUAAUAGCUAUACCAACACCAAGAAACAAUGCUGUCUUUGUUGAAGCUCGUCGAUUCAGUCGAAAUCUGAGAUGGGUCUUUGAGUUUAGCCCAUUGGGAGCUAAUCCUCCGGUGACCAUAACAAGAGGCUCAGUUCAUCACCUAUUACUGGCUGCUCCAGUCGAUACAUGCUCUACUUCUCCGGAAAUCGUAUCCAAAACGGAGAAGUUGGAAGCUUUAGAGGAAAACGUUGAGAAGGUUAUUUAUGGGUGCCGCUUCUUGACAAUUCUGGCAGUUUUUGGCUCAUUGAUUGGAUCAUUUCUGUGUUUUGUAAAGGGUUGCGCUUAUGUUGUGACCUCUUUCACUGAGUACUUCGUUAAUAAUAGCAAAGUCAUUUUAUUGCUGGUGGAGGCAAUAGAUGUCUAUCUCUUGGGAACAGUGAUGCUGGUCUUUGGAAUGGGUCUUUAUGAGCUUUUUGUUAGCAAUCUCGGUCCUGCUCAGUCACCAUCAGGCAAAGGAGUUCCGCAGGGGUCAAAUCUUUUUGGCUUAUUCACCCUCAAGGAACGACCUCGAUGGCUGGAAAUCAAAUCUGUCAAUGAGCUGAAAACAAAGCUUGGCCAUGUUAUAGUAAUGCUGCUGCUUAUUGGUUUCUUUGAAAAGAGUAAGAAGGCAGUUAUACACUCUCCCUUGGAUUUGCUUUGUUUCUCAGCUUCCGUACUCCUUUGCUCUGGUUGCCUCUAUCUACUUUCUAAGCUCGUUGACUAAAUAAAGUCAUUUUGUAUACAGCUUAGGUUUUGUACUAGACUAUGAAUUGAAAGAAUCAAACAGUCUGAUGCAUAUGUACAUAUGUCUAAAGAAAAUGAACAUGGUGGUUUUGUGUUGCUGUCCCUUCUAUUCUAAAGAAAAUGAAGCAUAUUUGUUUUAUCAUUU